AGUUACAUUUUGCUUUUUAUAGUUCUUACAGGAUCCUGAUGAAGAAAUUGCCAAAAUGGAGAUGACUAGAAAAAAGCCCUGUGAAAAACAGAUGUCCUGGAAUAACAUUCACGAGAAUGCCCACAUGCUGAUUCCCACUCCGGAUAAAGACGACGAUCCCGUUCCUGUUGAUUACUCACGCUUUAUCCAUCUGAGCGUUGUUCCCACCAGAGCUACCCCACUGCCAGCUCUAGGCUGGGCAAACAGGGAUGAUGUAUGGAAAAACAUGAUAAACAAAGAAGAGACUUACGUGAGGGAUAAAUUCUACAUGCAAAGGCAUCCCCAGCUGCAGCCUAAAAUGAGAGCCAUCCUUCUAGACUGGCUAAUGGAGGUUUGUGAAGCCUACAAACUUCACAGGGAAACUUUUUAUUUAGCACAAGAUUUCUUUGAUCGCUUUAUGGCAACACAACAGGAUGUUGUAAAAACACUGUUGCAGCUUAUUGGUGUCACUUCUCUAUUCAUAGCAGCAAAGCUUGAGGAAAUUUAUCCACCAAAGUUGCACCAGUUUGCCUAUGUUACAGAUGGAGCCUGUACAGAAGAUGAAAUCAUCAGUAUGGAAUUGAUCAUUAUGAAGGCUCUUAAUUGGAACUUAAAUCCACUGACUGUUGUAUCUUGGCUAAACAUUUACCUGCAAGUUGCAUAUUUAAAUGAUCUUUAUGAGGUAAUGCUGCCACAAUAUCCACAGCAGAUAUUUGUCCAAAUAACAGAGCUCUUGGAUCUCUGUGUGCUAGAUAUUGGCUGCUUGGAGUAUACCUAUGGAAUACUUGCAGCUUCUGCUUUGUAUCACUUCUCUUCAUCUGAGUUGAUGCAGAAAGUUUCAGGUUAUGAAUUCUGUGAGAUAGAGGACUGUGUGAAGUGGAUGGUCCCUUUUGCCAUGGCUCUGAGGGAAGUAGGAAGCUCCAAACUCAAACACUUUAGCGGGAUAGCUCCUGAAGAUUUGCACAAUAUACAGACGCACAUAAACAGCUUUGAUUUGCUGGACAGAGCUCAAGCAAAACAGGCCAUAUUGGCUGAGCAAAAUAGGACUUCACCUUUCCCCACUGGUGUCCUUACACCACCACAAAGUAGUAAGAAACUGUCUUGUGGACUGCAAUCAUUAUGACUUUAGGAACUGUCGACGGACAAUUUUGCUGAAGUGCCUAUUCUGCUGGCUGUAGCUCCUGCUCCGUUACAGAAAUGCUGCCAGUGAAGUUCAUAAGCUUCCACGGAAUCUGAAAACAAACCUUACUUUCGUGUGACAGAAGUUUUUCUAUUUGAAAUAGUUUUAUUGAAUGUUAAAAUAUUUUAAAGAAAUGGAUCAAGUACACCAGCCACUUGAAAGAACACUGAAGUGUGCUCCAGAUGCUGCUACGGAGGGUGAUGCUUGAUCAACUGUUCAGAAAAAGGGCUUGGAGUUUAGAUUGGUUACUGUGCCUUGGGGUAAUCUGCAGAUUUGUCCCUCGUUGACAAAUGGGAAAAACGUGCUGUGGAAGACAACAUUUCAAAGCCUCUUUUUUUGAAUGGUUGGCUUACAACUUGAUGCCUUUUAAAAAACUCUUUAUUGUAAAAGCUGCUAUGUCUCUGUGUAUUCAUUUUAAUAAAAAUGCUGUCUAAGACAGCUGGUUUUAUGUA